UGUCCUUCAGAUAACAGUGCGUUGCAAAAGCAAAGAGAGUAAUUCAGUAAAAGGAGGAGUAAUAGAUACCGUAGUUCUAUUCACAUGCAUUCAUUUUAGUUUGGAUUUACUUAUUUCUAUUGAUUCUUUUGAUUAAGCCCAACAUAACCAGCACUCUGUACGGCAUUGCUGAACAACUGAAGAGAACAGCACACUGUUUUUCCUUGGCACAGUCUGCAAAAGAGCUUACAGCUCAGCAGCCAAAAGCUGGACCUGUUCUAAGUAGACUUAGAUUUAAAAUUAUUUGGCCAUUUCUGAACAAGACACCAAGCUUCAUUUGACUGUACAGGCUAGCAGCAAGUGAAAGGCAACAGUCAUGUCAACCGACAGGAACGCUUCUCCGGCAUCCACCUCCACUAGUAACAAUUCUCGCAAGAGAAGCCGCCCAAGAGAUUCGGAGGAAGAGGAGGAAGCCAUUGGAUUAACUGCGCCUUCUCCUUCUUCCUCCAGGCCAGCGCCAUCCUCCUCAAGGAGUGCCUCGUUGAAAACCUCCAAGAGUAUGUCAACUAGUCUUAAAAGGAUACAGAAAGAGCUUGCAGAGAUCACGUUGGACCCGCCUCCAAACUGCAGUGCUGGGCCAAAGGGAGAUAAUUUAUACGAGUGGGCUUCUACUAUACUGGGGCCAACAGGGAGCGUGUACGAAGGAGGAGUCUUCUUUUUAGACAUUCAUUUCUCUGCGGAGUACCCGUUCAAACCUCCAAAGGUGACAUUUCGAACAAGAAUCUACCAUUGCAAUAUAAACAGUCAGGGGGCAAUAUGUCUGGACAUUCUGAAAGAUAACUGGAGUCCAGCUCUAACUAUAUCUAAGGUGCUUCUUUCAGUGUGCUCCCUGCUGACAGAUUGUAAUCCAGCUGACCCUUUGGUGGGCAGCAUCGCAACUCAGUAUUUACAGAAUCGCAAGGAGCAUGACAGAGUGGCUCGCAUGUGGACCAAAAGAUUUGCCGCAGGUCUCAACAGUUAGUCUGCAGUUAGUCCCCCCCCUUUUUUUUUUAACUAAAAAAAUUGUGUCUUUUUGUAUUUUUGAAAACAAUUUUCGGAGGCCAGGUUGGGCUGGUGGGGGUCCAGGAACUUUGACCAAAGGAGAGGACAGAAAGAUGUAUCGGGUUGUGUAACUGGUUAGUGGCAUAGUAUUUAUAUAUGUUGUUCACUGCUUUUGUUUUGUGUGUCUGGACACAGCGUUGUGUCAUGCUAUUAAUAUACACCAUUACUUCCAAGACACCAUUUUAGAUGUGUCCUACGAAGCAGCAGGAACACAUGUAUACACACUUCUGGAAGAUCUUUGCAACAGGCCUACUUGAUCGUACAUUAGUAUUGUCUAGGAAUCUUGACUUGUGUCUCUAUUGUCUAGUACAUUGGUAGUUCAUAGUUCUAUUCAUUUCCCAUGAAGGAAAGAAAUAUUUUGUGUUGAGAUACUACUGGAGUUCCAGUAAACACCUGUAGGAAUGUGUCAAAGAAAAUUAAGUAGCUAUGAGUAGCAAUUACUUCCAAGCUUUUUUAUUUCCAAGGCUAUAGGGCUAUAACGAAUUGUAUCACCAAACAGUGUACUAUCAACCUUGAUUUCAAGUGCUGUUCUAAUUAUGGUUACACAAAUAGUUUUGGUUUUGGUUACACUUUGUAUGAUUAUGAAAAUAGAUUAGAAUGGCAUUCUUUUAAAAAAAAAAAAAAAAACUGCCACCGUUGUUUAUUUGUUAAUUUCAUGGUCAUUUUUCUGUUCACUUUUGACAAUUAUUAUUUGUUACCUUUGAUUUGAUCAAUUAGUAGUCUCUAAUGUUCAGAGGGUCUGCAAAUGAACUUUUUCUUUGUCUCUGGCUAAAUUUUGUUCAGCUUUGUGAGUUGUUUUGUUGACAUUGCUUCAAAGAUUCAACAAUUUGGCUUGAUUGUUAGGUUGCAAUGAGUACAUGAGUUAACUAAUUUGACCUCUUUUAUAGUUUAGGAAGUCAAUCUUUGCUGUAGAAGUGGCAGAGUGGAGUAUAAUAGUACACAACAGUUUCUGUUGGGCCAUCCCUUUUUACAGCUAUAAAUGUAGAAUAGUUCAGAUCUUGGUCUUGAAGAUGUAAGACCUCAUGUUUUCCAAAAAAAUGAUCAGGAACCUGGGGCAUCCAAUUUUUUUUUUAAUGGGGCUUUAACUUGUGACAUCUUGGUGACGCCCUGUUGUUGUUUUUUUUUUGUUUGUUUUUUUUAAUACUGUCUACUAAAAAAAUUGUGAACAGACUUUGAUUCUUUGGUUCAAAGACUUAAAGUCCAAGUUUUUUUUAUUCUCUCCUACAUUUGUAAUGUAACUCAUAGUCAUCCCAUUGCUGAUAAAGCUGUCAUUAUCUAAGUUCCAUUGAGUAGACUAGAUGGUGGGUCUCUCUCAUUCUAGAUUUGUUUAUGGAUGGGUGUUUGUGUGAAAGUUUCUUCUUUACCUUGGCCUGUUGUCAUGUAACUGGUGUGCUACAGUUUGUUUUUACCUUACUAUAAAGUUACCUAUUGUUGGUACAUGUUGUUUUUUUUUUGUAUGAGAUUCGAUGGUGUCCUUGUACGUGUUGUCAUAGGAGUGGUCGCCACUGAUACUGGAUUGAAUUGUUUAGUCAAGUCAGGUUUUUGUGUGUGACUUUGAUUGAGCUCUUAGAGUUGGUAAGAUUAAAAUGUCACUUAGUGGUGUACAUGUGUACAUGCUUCAUUGGAAAUGUUUGUACAGAUGUGUGAGUGUGAUGUAUGAGUCAGCGUACAUGAGAUUCUGAACUGAACCAGUCACCGAUUGACUUUUGAUGGAAAGUAUUUGGACGUUUUUGUUCUGUAUGUUGAUCAUGGACUUUGAUUUCCGUUGAAAGUAUUGUGUUUGUUUUGCAUCUUUUUUUCAAGAAUGAGACUUUUUGUUCAGUCCUAUUACAUUCAUCCACCCACUCCACCCAAAGUAGAUCAGUGAUAUUUAUGCUAAUUUAUUUUGUUUGCGUGUCUGCUGGGUUUUUUUAUUUAGUGGACAACUGUGUUUUUGUUUGAGCCUAUGGAUGAGUCUUUAAGUAUGCACUGUGUACUUAGCAAGGUCAAAAAGGUUGCCUUGGGAAAUGGUGUCAAUAUGCGUAUAUGCCAGACCUUUUUUUUUUUUACUUUUGAGAAUCCAAUAAAUUAAUUUUCAUGACAGCCCUGUUGUUAUUUCAAAUGAGAUACAUAAAUACCUAGGCUGAAUAUCUUCUCUUACUCUAAGAGUAAAAGUUUUUCUUGGCUAAUGUUUAGAGUUAAGGAUUAAGUUAGGUUGGUAGUUUAAUUCUGAUGUAUUUUGUGAGUAUAAUAUUGUGUUAUGUUAUAUCACACUGAGUGUUAUUAUAGUUUUUUCAACUUAAUAAGGCUAAUUUUAAUUGCAUGCCAAUCACAGCAAAUAAUGUACACACAAGUAAUAGGAAGUUUGGGUAUAUUUGUGAUCUCCAAGUUAUGACCUGUGCUUCAAGGAGUUCUGGUCUAGGCAUGUCUGUUUUAUAGUUAGGUUGUAGGUGCUGCUGUGAUGUGCCAGAGAAAAAGUCGUAGUACAAAGUAUAUCUUUCCACAUCACUGGUAGCCGCUGUAUGCACAUACACAUAUAUGUAAUCAGCUUAACAUAUCAAAAUAAGGGAGUAGUUUAAAUUUGUUUAUUUUUUUUUACAAUCAAUUAAUAAAAAAAGUCAUAAAAAUAUUGUGACUUACAAAAGAAAUUUCGAGCAUUUUCUAGUUUACUUUUAGAAGGAAGCAGUCCAUGUCAGAAUGUGGUUAGUCAUUUAGUUAUAUUCUAAGUUUACUCCAGAGACUUAAUGUCUGUGACUAUCAGGAUUGAAAAAGAAUGUCAACUCAGCAACCUAAUGUUGACUUCAGACAAAGAAUUGUGUAAAUAGUGUAGAAAGAGAAUUAGCUUAUAAACCAGGGGUUCUCAACCUGUGGGUCGCGACCCCCUUGCGGGUCAAUUGAUGAUUCGCCAAAGACCAUCGAAAAAAUGGAUUGUUUUUGUCUAUUCUUCUAUUCCUGUGGGUGUGUGUGGGAGGGGGGGGGUCGCGUCAGAGUGGGUGGUUGUAAGAAGGGGUCGCCGAGCUUAAAAGGUUGAGAACCGCUGUUAUAAACAGUUGUACUGAUGCAAGAGAAGCAUUCUUCCAUUAAGUAUGGUCAGAAAUUUGGUUUUGAGGAUUUUUUUUUCUUAAGCAACAAAAUGAAACAGAAAACAAAAUGUUUGCUUGGUAAAAGUUUUGGUUCUGUUUUAUCCUAUCUCAGAGUUGGCAAGAGCAUUUUAUGUCAUCUCAUGUGGGUUUUUUUUUUUAAACUGUUAUCUACUGUCUUGAGGUUGUCAAGAAGUUUUGGUCUGCAGUGGCAUUCUGUCAGGUUUGAUAGUUGAACUUAAAGUCUACCAAGAUUUCCCAGCUAUUUCAGAAUGGUAUAUUUAUUCUAUUUUGAUGCUUGAAUGCUCAUUUUGUAUUUCUGAGGAUGAAAGUUAAUGAUCUUGUCAACUGGUGACUCUAGUUUUGAAAAUCCAGUGUUUUGUUUUUUUUUAUUUUGAUUAUUAUUCUUUUUAAUUCAUGUUUUGUAUAAUGCCUAUAAAUAAAUAUGAUAUAUAUAUUAUAAAACAAUUUUGUGAACAAAUAAAAAUGAUUGAAAACA